GAAUCGUUGAGUUUAUGGAGCGAAUUUUGUCUUUUUUGUCAUCGUUGUUGUCUUAUUGACAAUUCAUCCACGCACAGUUUAAGUUUUUUUCAGGUUUAUUCAAUUUUGGCGGUGGAAUUGUCGAUCUAAUGUAGGUAACUUCGUGAUAAAACCUAACUCGGCCGAACUGGCAAACGUACGGGUCUUUGAACAUUCGGGAUUUUCAACUUUUGGCGUGUCUGAAGUUCCCGGACGUGGAUUUCAUCGGAGCUCGAAAUUCGAAAUUAUUUUUGUUUUGGCUCACCGGAAGUAAAACAGAAAAUAAUGGAAGUGGAUGGAACUAACACCCAAGACGAGUUAAGUGGAGUUUCUCUGCAACACGAAGCGGCUUGUACAGUAGACGCAAAGGCGCUUGAGGAAAAUGGCGGAGAUCUAGCCUUCACUCCUACGUUUUCGCCAGAUGGUCCUGUUACAACUCUUGCUGAGCUAUCGGGAGUAAAGAGGAAGCACACUGAUCAAACAGAUGAACAAGUAAAUAAACAUCUCCAUCUUGACCCUGAGAGUUCAGAUGGGUUUGCUGACUUGGCAACUCUCGUCAGUAUGUCCUCUUCUGUUUCACUCGCUGUUUCUCAGGAGGUAGCCUCUCAGACAUUCACCAAUGCCACCAUUGACAACACUGGUCAGCUUGCUCCUCUCUCAGCUCAAGAAGCAGCAAAUGCAACAUUAACAUUGUCCGCAGCUGUUGCAGCACUUGCCGCAGGUCAGCUUACUCAGGAGUCAUCAAUCGUUCCAGCCUCCCAGCCAGUUGUUGUCAGUGACAACAAUAAUUCAGUCAACCAAGCUUGGUUUACCACUAAGGAGGACAAAGAUAAUCUUCAUGGCAAAGGUGUGAAGUGGAGGCAAGGAAUGUGGUCUAAAGAGGAGAAUGAACAGCUUAAAGAGAACAUUCUUGAGUACUGCAAGGUGAACAACAUCCCAGAUCCAAAUAUAAUCAUAUUUGAAAUGACUAAAGAUGAUCGAAAGGAUUUCUACAGAACAAUUGCAAAGGGAAUAAGACGUCCUUUAUUUGCCAUAUACCGUCGUGUUCUUCGCAUGUACGACAGGCGAAAUUAUAUAGGAAAAUACUCUUCAGAGGAGGUGGAGCAACUAAAAUCUUUGAAAGAGAAACAUGGUAACGACUGGGCUACAAUUGGGGCUGCCAUGGGCCGGAGUGCGUCAUCUGUCAAGGACAGAUUCAGGCUUAUGAGAGAACACUGUCAUUCUGGCAAGUGGACUGUAGAGGAGGAGCAGAGACUUUCCAAUGCAGUACAUGAACUUAGCAGUGCAGCCUCUGGGGAUUUCAUUACAGCUGGGAUAUCUUGGGCAGCUGUUGCUGAGAGAGUGGGCACAAGAUCAGAAAAGCAAUGCCGCUCCAAAUGGUUAAAUUAUUUAAACUGGAAAGAAAAAGGAGGACAAGAAUGGACAAAACAGGAUGAGAUUCAACUCAUUACCAGAAUCCACGAAAUGAAUCUUCAGGAUGAGAAUGAUUUAGAUUGGCAGGUGAUGGCAAGCAAUUGGUCCAGCGUCCGUUCCCCUCAGUGGCUUAGAAGCAAGUGGUGGGCGUUGAAAAAACAUGUUCCUGAAAGUGAUAUGGGGACAUUUGAAGCUAUAGUUUCUUUUUUAUUCCACAACUACAUCCCAACACUGCAAAACAAAAUAGAAAGACAAGAAGCUCGCUUUAAAGGAACUCAAUUGCCACGGGUGUCCCUAGUUCCCAGUGCAAGACCAGUUCAUGUAAACCCCAUAUCGACAGGAACUAUUACAAACUCGGGAAUUUCUCACACAAUAACAGUCACUAGUGAUGGAACAGUAUCAAGAGAAGACGACACAUCUCCUCUCACUACCAGUCACAAUAGAUUCGAAGUGGUACAGGUCAAUGCACUUACACCACAAGAUAUGUUUCACACUGCGUCCGCUGUUCAAGGGACACCGUCAUACAUCAUACAAGCGCCGGCAGGACAGACCUACAUUAUUCAGCAGCCGGCUGGAAGUUUAGUGAGGCAGGCGCACACGGGAGAACUCACCUCAGGAUCUGACGGAAUUGAUACUAGUCAACAUGACCAGGAGGUAGUGACUGUUCUCCAGGCCCAUCACGCCGUUCAAACCCUCCCAGAGGUUGGACCCGAGUUUACUCAAGCCAUUGUACAAACAGACAUUUCCGGUCCCAUUACAGCAUCGGAACUGACCAACGCAGGUCUAAGUCAUACGAAGUUUGUAAAACCUGCCGCCGAUUUGCAAACAUCUGUGGUGUCACAGGGCGAUGGUAGCCAUGCCACAGUCGACCAGACCAGCCUAGAGGCUGUCCAGACUGUAGACACCCGUCAGUUGGGAGGCCACCAGAGUCUGGUGCAAGAUGAGCUCCAGGUGGAAGCAUCCAAUGCGAAAGAAGGUGGGAGCAAACAGACUGCUUUGCCGCAUCACCCAACAUCGGGUAGAGACGAGGAUAGCAAUGUAGCUAGCACAAAUCAGGCUUUCACCAGUCCUCCAUUUCAGGGUCCGGCGGCAAUCGCCCAGACGUUAGACGGAACACACCUCCCAGACAGGCCAGUAGUACACAUGCAUCAAGUUGGCCCGGAAAACAGGGACGUCAUCGUCAGCCCAGAUCCCUUGGGGGACGUACACGUCACAGUUAUGUCAAACAUAGAGACAGGUCUUCCUGCUACUUUAUCGCCAUCACCCGCUAUGACACUUCCACAGCAUACACUAAGCCGCACUAGCAAUGCCAAUGAGUUAUCUGUGAACGUAAUGGUUCCUCAGGUCACUCUACCAGAUGAGAUACUUCAGUCGCAGUCAGACGAACCUUCUGUUUUAUCCCCAGCUGAAUCGACUAAUGUGAUGAUGGUUACCGAAAACCCCAUGUCUGUCACUUCGACUCUUCCCUCUCAAAUCCUUCAGUCACAAACUGAUGAAAACACGAACCUGUCCGACCCCACUCCCACGUCUAACAGUACCGUUCCUACUGGAAUAAGUGUUGAUGGCCCUCUCGGCAAUGUGGUGACUGUCCAGGGUGCCCUUGGGCAUCCGGGAGAUAUUAUGGAUGCCAGUGAUGUAUUGCUGCAUAUUUCAUUGCCUAUUUCCGAUCCGUCUGUUACUUCAGAGAAGCAAGAUUGUUCUACAGAAACCUAAACUUCAGAGAUUCAUCCUUUUACCCACAAGAUCUAAAUAUAAAUUCUCAGCUCUGUCUUCCACACAUUUCUUUAAUUUAAGCUUUGAAAAUUUAGCAGUAAAUCAAACACCCUCAGGGUGAUAUUUUCUCUCCUCUCAUUGCCUUUCUACUUGAAAAUCUAUUCAUAUUGCAAAGAGUAAUUUUUCUUUUUGCCCACCUCUGGGAAUGAAAAGAUUGCCAAACCUGUAAGGAGGCUCCUUAAGCAUCCAAACCACAUAACUUUCUAGUAAGACAUUAGCUUUUAACUAGUGAAGAAUUUAAAAGACUUGCUGUGCGAGAACAAUAAAAAUAAAUUCUGGUGACUCAGAAA